AUGGCAUCAGCGUCGGGUGGAGAUGUGCCAGCGGGUCGUGAGAAGGAUAGCAAGUACCGGGCAUUCGCAAAAGCCGUCGAUCAGGCACUGAAAACGUUCGAAACGCCGAAUGAGUGGGCGGAUUUGAUUUCGGCACUGGGAAAAUUGGCUAAAGUAUUCCAAUCGAAUGCAAAAUAUUGUGCGAUUCCGAAUCGGGUCACCGUCGCCAAACGUCUAUCACAAUGUCUACAUCCGGCACUUCCCAUGGGUGUCCAUCUGAAAGCACUGGAAACGUACAAAAUCAUCUUUGAAAUUCUUGGACCAUCGAAGCUUCCCGAAUGUCUCUAUCUGUUCGCCGUUGGCCUAUUCCCACUUAUGGAUCAUUGUGGUAUUAAAGUAAAAUCGGAGCUUUUCGCGAUUUUUGAGAAUUAUUUGGUGCCAUUGGGAGCAAACCUGCGACCAGCACUUCCCGGAUUCCUUGGCGGUGUUUUGUUGGCGUUGGAGGAGGGAACAGAGUUUUAUGAGAGAUCAUUCAUUCUCCUGGAUCGAGUCUGCGAGAAAGUUGGUCCACGAGCAUUCUACGCGUGUCUAUGGCAAGCCAUCCUUGGAUCACCACCUGUUAGACUGCCGGCCAUGAUUUAUGUGAAUGCAAAGUUUGAUAAGCUGAAAAGUCUGGAUGAUCAGAUUCAUUUGGUUGGAGAUCAUGUUAAUCAUAUGGUCGCCGCCCUCUGUGCAGUUGCCGAUGACACUGGCUCCCCACUAGUCCAACGAUAUCUUCUAGACUUUCUGUGCGCAGCGUUUCCAUUGGAUUCCACGAAUCUAACAGAUGAGGAUUUUGUCCAGCUGCUCCGUCGAUGCCUAUUUGUAGUCCUUCGUCGUGAUAUGUCUCUGAAUCGUCGUCUCUACACGUGGCUGAUCAAUCGAAGCGGCGAGACACGUGGCGUUUCGGGAUUAGGUGGACCGGAUGAUGGUUUGGAGCUCUCGUUCUUCAAGGAGAAAGUGUUAGGACUGGUUCAUGGAGCUCUGGAGCAAUAUUUGGCACUGGAUAUCAUUGAAACUCCAUUUGCAAAUCCCCAACAAUCGAUAUGGGGUGAUCGGAAGGAGGCGGAGCAAGUGCAAUUCGCUGAAGUGAGAGUUUGUCGACUCCUACUGUACCUACAGGACCGAGCGGAUAUAGGAAGAACUAUUCUGGAGACUGUGUUCUCGGAUUUUUUGAAAAAAUCCGCGGAAUUUCAUCAGGGAUCUAAUAUCAAGCUGAUUAAGAAACGACCGGAUUCAAAGCCACCCAGAAAGCCUGGAGAUCGAGAAGGACUUCAUUUAGACUUGAAUUCUUUGCAUUCCGGGGUCUCUGGGAAUUCAGAAGACGUCACUGCUCCAGAAGGAGAGCCAUCUAUCCAAUCUCGGCGAGUCGAUGAGCUCUCCAAAACGUUCAAUAUGCUUCUAAACUCCCUGGAACCUGGUUUCUUAUGGAAUUUCCUGGGAACAUGGUACCAGCGAAUCGUCGAGGAGGGGUCAGAAGGCAAAAAAUCGAUCCACGACUUCUCCCAAGUCGUCUCCAUCUGCCUAGAAAUGAGCAAUGUCGAAUCAGACCCCGCCAUACGGACACAGCACUUGCCACGUCUUCUGGAGACGAUACUGGAGGGGCUGUCGAAUAAGUCAUUGAUAUCGGAGUGUGAUCAGCAGGAUCUUUUAAAGCUUUACACAGUGUGCCAGAAGUUGCUGGAGAUUUCAACGGCGCAUCCGCAAUCGCCGAUUGAAGUUGACGAAAUCGCCGAGGACUCGUUGUCGCUGAGCCAGGAGGUCACCGCUAUUGAGCAUGAACGAAGUCAAACGGACGCCUGCCUAACCCAAUGUGUCUCCGCCCUCUCCACAAUUUUCGAAAUCUACACCACUCGCCGUGAUCCCUCUCUGAUUCCCCUCAUCGACGCCUCCACAGCACUCCUCAACGCCUUCUUAGAAGUCCCCAUCUACUAUCUGGGCUUCGACGUCGUUGAUAAUCCAGAAGACGUACCUUCAGAAGUUCAACAAUGGCUUAAGAACAUGCUAAAAGUGAUUGAUGGUCCCGGAUGGUUGAAGGAAAUGCGGAAUGGUCAUUGCUCAGAUGUCUCGGCGAGAGCAUCCCUUCUAGAACUCCUCUGCAAGAUCUACGUCAAGUCUGUGUCCGUCCUACAGCAACACGAAGAGGCCGCCCAUCGUCCACAAGAUGAUUUCUACGAUGAAAUGACUCAUGUGCUCCUAAAACCGCUUCUCGGCCGUCGUGACAUCCAGUUUAUCGAACAAGGAAAGGUGUUUGGGACUUGCGGAGAAGCCGUGUGGCUUGGCAUCGCUUCUAGAAAAUUCUGUUGUGAGCAACAACGCCUAGCACGUCUUCUAGUCGAGCUACACUCUAGAAGACCUCAAGAAGCAUCCAGUGACGUGGAAUCCAUUGUAGUGCAAGCUCUAACCUCUACAGAUGAUCUAGUAUGCACAAAAGCUGCCAGGACGUUCCACAGAGUCUGGGUGCUCACUAGAAACCUAGAAGAGGCUGGUGGAAUCUACAGAAAGCCUUUCAAUCGAGCUGUUAUGAUUCUUCUGGGAGUUUUGGCAGAUGAGAGUGUCUCUAAAACGAGAACAGAGCUCAAAGCUGCAGCUUCUGCAUGGUUUCAAGACUGCUCUAAGCAUCAGGAUCUCCCCAAAAUCGUUCAAAUGCUCUCCACGAUGCUUAUGAAUCCUGUGACAGCUAGGAUUUCGAUUCAGUACAUCCGACAAGACUCCAAGUUAACCAACGAGGAUUGUUCAGCGAUUCCAAGCGACGUCGCUGCUGUGACUCUGAUGACUAUCGAUGGAAAACAGAGGCUAUACCAUGUAACGGGUUCUGGCGCGGAUUCGGAUGCUUCCUAUCUCACAGAAGUCAGAAAUCGAUUGCUCAGGGCUUCGGCGGGCGAGGAGACUUCUGAAGCCCUCCAAGCGCACAUCAUCCCAUCUACAGAAGUCCUUCCCGCGUUUGACGACGACACUGAUUCCCUAGACACCCUCUCCAUGGGAAAUGAGAGUCCUGAAGACGUGGUAAAGGAUAUUCUAGCGAUUCUAGUGGACGAAGUUUGUCAGGAGUAUGAGGAACGAGAACGACUACAUGAUCUGUUGAAUCUGAGCAAUCUAGAGGCAUCGGGAGCCAGAUUCAACUUGAAUGAGCAUGAGGAGCAAGAGGAGAGCCCUGAAGAUCGACCGGCUCCUAUCGCAGCCGUCCAGCGAGUCAAAAAAGGCCAUAGACGACAAGAUUCGCUUCAGGAAUCAAUAUUUAACAUGACAGAAAAGGAUUUGUGUGCUUUUGACACCUCGGAAAUCUUCCGACCAUCUACGGAAUCCCUCAGAGGCACCGCCACGACGUCAUCCACCCGGGAAACCAUCCUCCCGACUGGUACAGUAGUAGGUACAGUAUCCUCAGCCAGUUCUACCGGUGGAUCAACCUCUGGAUCCUCACUUUUCGAAGAGAUGCACACCCACAUGCUCCUUUAUGGAGAAUCUGGAAAAGUUGUGGACUUGGCUAGAGCAGAAACGGCCUUCAGAAUCCUUACGGCACUUUUGGCGCCACGUGGAGCCACGGGGAAUCGAAUGUUGCUCAAUUGUUUGGUGUCUUCUGGGACGACGACGUCUUCGGGAACGUCUUCUGAAGGUGGUUCGGCUGAGCAAUCGCUGGUUGAGCUCAUGCAACGACACGUUCGCGCGAUACUUGGACAGCAUUUCUGGUCGGCACCGGCGUCGGAUGAGGAGAAACACAAGCAUUUUACGCUGUUGGAAUUGUUGAUUACGAUCUCUCUCCACUUCCUCCGUUCCUACUUCCUCAACUCUCCAAUCUCCCCCGUCACCGAAGCCGACUUGGCUUCCCUCUGGAAGUGUAAAAUUUCGGCACUGGAAUUCCUAUGUGAACUAUUUCGAGAGCUAUCAGCAAUGCUCAAUGAGCACGAAUCCAAACAAUUCGUUCAGUUCGUUCAGACCAUUCUGAAUCGAUCGAAGCUCCAGAAGUGUCUUUUACACCUGUUGUUGACUGCGGUAGAUCAUAAUCCAAUGGAGAAUGGGAAGCUGGGCGGUCCCUUAUCAGUAUCAAUCAGUAAAUUCAACGAAGGACUUGUUGGAGAAUCCAGAAGACUGUUACCUCUUCUAGCUGCUUAUCACAGGAGUCUUCUGACGUUCACAUCGCAUGCGAUACGCUUGGAAUGUGAUAUCAAACGAGGAUUCUCGACAUUCUCCGAUGCCCAAUCGACACAUCGAUAUUCGAUCAUCCAGUCUGUUAUCAAUCAAUCAUUCAACAAUCGGACGUCUUCUCGGGAUGGACAUGCGUCGACUGUGGAGCUCCGAGCGUUCCUAUUGAUAUUGCUGAAUGCGUUGAAGAAGCAACCACACCGGCAUGAGAUGUGGCUGCAGUUUGUUGUGCAGAUUCUGCCGUGGGUUGAGAGAUCCCUCGCCACGAUCGUCUGCCGCGUCGUCGAACAACUAUGCAAGAAUAUGGAGAACGCGAUGAGUGUGGCCUAUGAGAAUCCGCCGACGUCCGACGUCGUCGUAGAUUCUCCAGGAGAGACGAGAGACGAACCAGACAGCUAUCCGGCCAACUAUCUAGCAAUGACACUGGAAUCGCUAACGACGCUGGUGCAUUUCUGUGUGAUAGACAGUGCUCCAACCACCACGACGACUUCUGGAGGAGUCAUGACAUCAUCUGGAGCUGCUCAGAUCAACGAUGGCACCACUCCCUCGUCUACUUCAAUGGUUGGCCAUGCGAUGUCCGUGAUUCCGGGCUCCAAAGUGGCCACAGAGCUCUUCUCACAGCUGGGAAAGGUGUUCUCGAUGAGUGGAGAUUCUGGAGGAGUCCUCAGCUCGAAGAUGGAGAGUUCUAGACAGCAUGGGAAUGGAUGGAGGCAGGCGCAAUCGGAUAUGCUGACUUCCCUACCGCAUAGUCUGGCUACAGUAUGCAAUGUGUGGACGGUUGUCAGAAGAGCACAGAAUCCCUUGGUACCUAUUGGAACCAACAAUCAGCUCCGACGACUUGUCCUUCAUCUCCUCUCCCCAAUUGCUCAGCACCACAAACACGCUUUCCUCACUUCCCUAGCGUUGGUUUGGCUAACAAGAAGCACUGCAAAGCCUACAGUAACCCUGAGGAAACAGGAUCCGGAUAGAGCGACAUUUGAGUACUCUAGCGCCCAACUGGACAUUACAAACUUGCUCCUUUCUCUUCAAGUCAUCCCAUUUGAGGAUUUGAUCUCUUCAGUGAACUCUACACUCCGGGAAGCGUCUUUCAAGGCCAAUAAAGUUGGAAUUACUACGAUUGAUAAGACGAAUUUCCCCACUGAAGAGCCCCUGUUGGAGCUGGUGCAUUCUUGUGUGUCGGCAGUGCUUCAGACGCAGCUCCGAUUGUGUUGGAGUUCAUUGCUCUCGUUGUUCUCAGAAGCGCCGUUAUCAGCACUAUCAGCCAGAGCGGUUUUCCUGCUUUUUGUAAUCCUCAGCGACUUUGUAAAAUGCGUGGGCGGAGCCUAUAUCGUCGAGGACAAGGCCAUGUAUCGAAACGUGCAAGAAGUGUGCUCCCGUCUCGCCGAAGCCGUCAACGCCAUCGUCGGCUGGCAACUGGAGACAACCACGUGGCUCAAAAGAACACUAGUCGUGAAACAAGACCACGGCACGUCUUCAAUCAAUUCAAACAGCAUCAGAUCAGUGGAACAGAGUCCGAUAAUCGAAAUGCAGAGCUCCAUAUCGAAUUUAUCAUCAGAAGCGUCACAGAGCACCAGAAAUUCCACGUUGAGCUUGAUAAAUAAGCCUGGAGGAUCGAUAACCAGUGGAUCUACUAGUACAACCACAGAGAAGGCUGAGAAAAAGAGCUCAUCGAACCUCAGAGCAUCAAUUAAGGAUACUAAUAACAAUCGGAGGGACCCAGCACACAGUACUCAAGCUCUUUUCCUUUUGGCUGAGAGGCUCACGGAUCUUCUGGAUUCUGUGUCGAAAUCUGAUGAGAAGGAUAAGGUACUACCCACUCUUCAAGCAGUUUGGGCGAACGUAGUACCGUAUCUGAAGGCUAAAAAUGCGAGAAACGCGAGAUUCUUCUUGGCCAGCUCCCAAUUGUUGGCUUCUAUGUCAUCGUACUCGUACAUGCGACCGGUGUGGAAGAAGACGACGUUGGAUUUGUUGCUGGACUCGGGAUUCUUCAAAAUGGAUCACGCGGCGUUGAAGCAGUGGUUGGUGGUGACGGAUCAUCUGAUGACGCAUGAUAGGACGAGUUUUAAGGACCUCCUCAAGAGCAUAUCCUACUCUCCCAACGCCUCCUUCUCCAUCAUGACAUCCAAGGAGCAGGAAUACGAGGCGAGAGCUCAGGCGCUCAAACGACUGACGUUUGUUGUGUUCGGAAGUCAGCUGGAUCAGUACAACGGACAGAUGAACGAUAUUCAGGAACGCCUCUCCGACAACCUCCGUGUCUCCCAAUCGCCAGUGAUCCGUUCCUCAUUCUUCCUGUGCGUCCGUGUCCUUCUCCUCCGACUCCGCCCACACUCUCUAAUUGGUGUUUGGCCAAUUAUGGUGACAGAAUUGGUCCACGCGUUGUCCCAACUGGAACAACAGCUUCAAAACAACGGAGAGCAAGAAGGAAGCUCCACGUCAGACCAGUGGAUGCAGUUGUACGUGGCUGCGUGCAAACUUCUGGAGACCCUGUGCACCCUACCAGCCGGCUAUCUGUCGCAUUUCCAAAUGUUCCACUGGGCAUUCGUCUCGUCUGUCUCCGCGGAUAAAACGGAGAUUUUUAAGCCGUUCGCUGAGCGAAUCAACGAUUUACUCGCUAAAAAAUAUGGGGAAUUCGAUGCGAUGAGCAAUCAUACGGCGUCGUUGGCUGCUGUGAAGAUUCUGACGUCUUUCGAGGAGCUCCGACCGUUCUUCUAUACACUUGCCAAUUUGAAUAAGUCGGUGCCCGAGAGUAAUAACACUCCUCUCCGCGACGCCCACGCACUCUCGGGAAGUCUGACCUACAAAAACGCAGUGGCUCGUCUGGAAUCAGCUCUCUACGUGGAUUUCUCGGAGCAUCUGCAAUUCUGA